CAUUUUUUGCAGCUUAGUUUUUCUGGAAUCUGCUGGAGAAAAAUGCAAAAUGCAUGACCACUUUGAGCUGAAUGAACUGUAUAAAAGUGGGGAUAUUAUUUUAGGAGGACUAUUUGUGUUGAAUUUUAAAGUUGUCAACCCAGAAUUGUCAUUCACGUCUAAACCAGACCAAUGGAAGUGUGAGAGUUUUGAAGUCUCAAUAUUUCAGAGGGUUCAGACAAUGAUUUUUGCAAUUGAAGAAAUAAACAAGAAUCAUUCAUUUCUCCCUAACAUAACCCUUGGCUACAGGCUGUAUGACAAUUGUGUGCACCUACCUGUUGCGCUUAGGGCUGCAACUGCUCUGCUUUCUGGUACAGGUGAUGUUACAAUUGAUGGCAACUGUAAAGGACCCCCACCUGUUGUAGCCAUUGUUGGAGAUCCUUUGUCAUAUCACUCGAUUGCUGCAUCAAGGAUAAUGAGUCUCUUUGGCAUUCCAAUGGUUAGUUAUUUUGCCACGUGUUCCUGCUUGAGCAACAAGCGUGAGUUUCCCUCAUUCCUUAGAACAAUUCCAAGUGAUGCUUUUCAGGUUAAAGCUAUGAUUGAAAUAAUUAAACAUUAUGGAUGGGUAUGGAUUGGUGCAAUAGCAAGUGAUGACGACUAUGGACAGAAUGCAUUAAAGGUCUUGAUUGAAGAAGUAAGUAAAUUUGGCUGUCUUGCAUUCAUCGAAAGAGUACCCACCACUUAUAAUAAAGAGAAAAUUGAUCAAAUUGUUAACACUAUAAAACAAUCUACUGCUAAAGUAAUAGUUGGAUUUUCAUCAGAAGCUGAACUGAGUAUUUUGGCUAAAGAAAUUGUGAACCAGAAUAUCACUGGCAAACAAUGGGUUGCAAGCGAAGCAUGGAGUACUUUUACAGCAUUGGCCAGGACUGAAAACUUUGAUUCAUUUGGAGGAACAAUUGGAGUCGCUAUUCGUAAAGGGAGCAUUCCAGGUCUGGAGAAGUUUCUACUCCAGGUUCAUCCAGAUUCAAUUGUUGAUAAUAAUAAUAUGAUUGUUACAUUUUGGGAAUCAUUGUUUGAGUGCAAAUUCUUACAAAGUUCAGACAAAAUAAAUUCAUCUUCACUACUUGGAAGACACAUAUGUACAGGAUUAGAAGACAUCCGCAAUAUUACAUCUGCAUAUAGUGAUGUCACAGACUUACGUCCAUCUUAUAAUGUUUAUAAAGCAGUAUAUGCAAUAGCUCAUGCCCUACAUAACUUAAUAUCCUGUGAAAAUGGGAAUGGACCCUUUGAAAAUAAAUCCUGUGCAGAUAUAAAGGAUUUUCAGCCCUGGCAGGUUUUACAUUAUUUGAAGAGAGUCAAUUUCACAAAUCAUUUAGGAGAAAGAGUGGCAUUUGAUGAAAAUGGAGAUGCUCUAGCAAUUUAUGACAUUGUCAACUGGCAAAAAUCUGAUGAUGGAAAUGUUGUAAUAAAAACAAUUGGUCUUUUUGAUGAAACAACUAAACAAUCUAAGAAACUCCUGAUAAAUGAAAAUGAAAUCUUCUGGAAUUUUGAAUCAAGGAAACCUCCUGAGUCAAUCUGCAGUAAAAGUUGUCAACCAGGAACAAGAAAAGCAAACCGGAAAGGAGAACCUGUCUGCUGCUUUGACUGUGUGCCAUGUGCAGAUGGGGAGGUCAGCAUGGAAAUUGAUUCUGUUGAAUGCUUCAAAUGUCCAAAUGAUCAUUGGUCAAAUCUGGGAAAAACCCAGUGUGUUUUGAAAGAGUUGGAAUUCCUUUCUUAUGAAGAUGCAAUGGGAAUUACUUUAACAUCAGUUACCUUAUUUGGAGCUUUUCUGUCUGUCGUCGUGCUGGCAGUGUUCAUUCGCUACAGGAGUACUCCAGUUGUUAAAGCCAACAACUCUGAGCUGAGCUUCCUUUUGCUGAUUUCAUUGACUCUUUGCUUUCUUUGUUCACUGAGCUUCAUUGGACAACCAUCUUAUACAACCUGCAUGUUGAGGCAUGUGAUUUUUGGCAUCAGUUUUGUUUUGUGCAUUUCUUGCAUUCUGGUCAAAACAAUUGUUGUUAUAAUGGCAUUCAGAGCUACUCUACCUGGAAAUAAUAUGAUGAAAUGGUUUGGCAUAGUCCAGCAAAGAGGAACUGUUUUCUUUUUUACUUUUGUUCAGUCCUUAAUAUGUAUAACAUGGUUAGUCACAGCUCCUCCAGCUCCAGCUAAAAACACAAAAUAUUUUAACUCAAAAAUUAUAUUAGAGUGUGAUUUGGGAUCUCUAAUUGGAUUUAGCUUGCUGUUGGGGUACAUUGGAUUUCUUUCGUGCAUUUGUUUCCUCUUAGCAUUUUUUGCAAGAAAUCUGCCAGACACCUUCAACGAAGCCAAAUUCAUCACAUUUAGCAUGCUUAUCUUCUGCGCUGUUUGGAUCACUUUCAUUCCGGCAUACAUCAGCUCCCCUGGAAAACACACCGUAGCUGUGGAAGUUUUUGCAAUAUUGGCAUCGAGUUUUGGUGUCCUUCUUUCAAUAUUCGUGCCAAAAGUUUACAUUAUCAUAUUUAAACCUGAGAUGAAUUCAAAGAAAGCCCUUAUGAGCCGACAGAAUGGUGAUCAGUAUGAAAAGUAAUAAUUCUAUAUGAAAUAGUUAAUAUAAAUAAACAUGUAUACAUU